CAAUCGCCAGGAUUGUUGUUCGGAGCGCAUCAACCCCUUCAACAUCCACAUCGGGGAUUCCGACCAAGUCAGCAUGAAUCCAAAGUGUGGAGGAGAUCAUCAAAUCGACGUUAACCGGUCGUUUGUUCCGAUCGAGUGUCAGGCGAUGACAGGACGAUACGUGGCCGUUCGACUUCCUGGUCCAUCCCGAAUGUUGAGCCUAUGCGAGGUCCAAAUCUUUGGAAGUCUAGAAACAUCUAGUCCGACUGGGUAAACAGAACGAGAAGGGAUAUUGUACAAAGUCUUCAGGACCUGGAGGGACCAACCCAGUGCACAGCAGACGUGCGAGGCUGACGGGGGACAUUUGGCGGUUCUCAACACGGAGGCCAUUAAUGACUUCGUCGUGGGCUUGAUCCCAGACACCGAGGAUUAUUGGAUCGGCCUCAGUGGCAAGGAUAGUGAAGACACGUGGAUGUGGGCAGACGGUACAAGACUGUUGUCUUCCAUCUUUACUAACUGGGCGCCGGGAGAACCAAGUGAUACCGGAGAAGAAAACUGCGUUCGUAUAUUGGGGCAUCAGGACUACAAAUGGGCUGAUUUCUUUUGCCUGAAUCAUGUGAAAUACUUCAUUUGCCAAAUAGGGGCCAGCUGCUCCCCAGGGUACAUCCGAUGUGAAGACGGACAUGGGUGUGUCCUGUCAUGGCAACGGUGUGAUGGGAGGGCGGACUGUUCAGACAGAAGUGACGAGGAAGAUUGUGUAUGCAAGAGUAUUCCCGAUGAUUUUCAACUCGGCAACAGACUGACAAUGUUACCGAACCAACUGGGCCAGGAGACGUUUGAGGAGAUAAUGAACUCUACUGUCGUGGAACUGAUCAAUAGUUCUAACAGCAUCCUUGAGAACUACCACCAAGAGUUAGGAGAAUUCGUUACUACAGUCAUUUUUCCACAAUGCGAUGUCUCCGAAUUGGACGCAGCUCGCUGCUAUAACCCUAUAGAUUCGGGCAACAGAUUUUGCACGGGUUCGCAACUAGUACCAUGUCGUUCGUGGUGUGAGGAAGUAUUCAACAUGGCUGAUGACCGGAUAAAGAACCUAUUUCCGCCAUGUGACUUGUUUCCACCCUCUCCACACGGCUGCUGGAACCCUGGACCAGCAAAGAAGAGAGACGAGGGUAAAAAGGAAGGCUGUUUUCCAUUGAACAGCAUUUAA